GUUGACAUUUUCGUUUGAUAUUAGAAUAAGUACUCUUGUCUGCAGUAAGGAAUUGCGUGUAUUCGUGUAUACCAUCGAUUAAAAUCUCACACUUACUCACUCUUUCGAUUCUUCAGUUAAAAAUUGUCACAGUGGACCAGAAAAGUUUAUUUUUAAAUCUAUAUAGAAAAAUCUAUUUGUAAGAUGCCAAAUAUCAAACUACAAUCUUCCGAUAACGAAAUUUUUGAUGUUGACGUCGAAAUAGCAAAAUGUUCUGUCACGAUAAAAACCAUGUUGGAAGAUCUUGGCAUGGACGAUGAUGAAGAAGAAGUGGUUCCUCUACCCAACGUGAACUCCGCUAUCCUCAAGAAGGUCAUCCAAUGGGCUACUUACCACAAAGACGACCCUCCACUACCCGAAGACGAUGAAAACAAAGAAAAACGCACCGAUGACAUUUCGUCCUGGGACGCAGACUUUCUCAAAGUAGAUCAGGGGACUCUGUUCGAAUUAAUACUGGCAGCGAAUUAUUUAGAUAUUAAGGGGCUUCUGGAUGUCACAUGUAAAACUGUAGCAAAUAUGAUUAAGGGCAAGACUCCGGAAGAGAUUCGUAAAACAUUCAAUAUCAAAAACGAUUUCACAGCUGCCGAAGAGGAACAAGUCCGUAAAGAAAACGAAUGGUGCGAGGAGAAAUAAACUAUCUCAACAAAUUUAUUCUAAUCUCUAAUUUUUGUUCCAAAUUUAGUUAACAUGAAAAAUUACUUGUGAAUUUCCAAAACUUGUAUGUCCUUAGGACGGCUGUAUUUAUUUUCAUUUGAAUAGAACUAGCUAUAAAUAUGUUUCAUCAAUAUCUGGAAUGACUUGGGUGAUAUGGAACCGAAUGGUCACUUUCUCUAGCGUAAGGCAACUUCCUUAAGAACGUAGCAGAAAUUCAAUGAAUGCACUGUACUGUUCUUAGUAAUGUAAAAUAAUGACAUGUAUACAUACUACCACUGCUAAUGAUUAAGGCCGUGUUUGCAAAUAAAGUUUUAAAAUGUA